GUGUGUCUCCUUCACCCUAGGCUUCGAGCGGCUGCCACUGCCCGACGGGGAGAGAGAGAGAUGGGAAACAGUGUCAAGUCCACUCCUGCCCCACCCGAGAGGCCUCUGCCCUGCCCAGAAGGACUGGACAGCGACUUCCUGGCAGUGCUGACUGACUACCCCACUCCUGACAUCAGCCCUCCCAUAUUCCGCCGAGGGGAGAAACUCCGUGUGAUCUCUGAUGAAGGCGGCUGGUGGAGAGCCAUUUCUCUCAGUACAGGCCGAGAGAGCUAUAUUCCCAGCAUGUGUGUGGCCAGAGUUUACCACGGCUGGCUGUUUGAAGGAUUGGGCAGAGACAAGGCUGAGGAGCUGCUGCAACUGCCAGACACCAAGAUGGGUUCGUUCAUGGUCAGAGAGAGUGAGACGAAGAAAGGUUUCUACUCGCUCUCCGUGAGACACCGGCAGGUGAAGCAUUACCGCAUCUUCCGCCUGCCUAACAACUGGUACUACAUCUCCCCCAGACUCACCUUCCAGUGCCUGGAGGACCUGGUGAACCACUAUUCUGAAGUGGCUGAUGGCCUCUGCUGCGUACUCACCACACCCUGCCUGGCACAAAGCACGGUUACUCCUACCGCAAGGGCCCCCAGCUCACCGGUCACCCUGCGUCAGAAGACAUUUGACUGGAAGAAGGUGUCCAGACUGCAGGACGGUUCCCAGGGAGCAGAGGGCAUGCUAGGCGUGGAUGAAUCUUUGUUCAGCUAUGGCCUUCGGGAAAGCAUCGCUUCAUACCUCUCACUGACUGGGGACGACGGCACCUCUUUUGAUCGGAAGAAGAAAAGCGUCUCCCUGAUGUACAGUGGGAGUAAGAGGAAGAGUGCCUUCUUCUCCUCCCCACCCUACUUUGAAGACUAG